AUGCCGUCGUUCAAAUCCACCGACAUUCCCGACCUCACUGGCCGCGUUGCCAUCGUCACUGGUGGUAACAGCGGUCUCGGCGAGGUCUCGUGCCUCGAGCUCGCUCGCAAGGGAGCCAAGGUGUACAUGGCUUCCCGAACCGAGUCGAAAGCGCAAGAUGCGAUCGCCAAGAUCAAGCAAGCCGUGCCUAACGCCGACAUCCACUUCCUGCAGCUCGACCUGACCGAGCUCGCUGCAGUGCGCAAAGCGGCCGAAGACUAUAUCUCCCGGGAAAAGCGACUCGACAUUUUGCUCAACAACGCCGGUGUCAUGGCCACACCCUACACGUUCACCAAGGACGGCCUCGAGCUGCAGGUGGGCACCAACGUCGUCGGUCACUACCUGUUCACCAUGCUCCUGCUUCCCACUUUGAUCAGCACGAGCAAGCUGCCCGAGUAUGCCAAGCCGGACUCUCCCUCCGUCCGUGUCGUGCAGGUGUCCAGUCUGGGCCACAUCAUGUCGCCCGGCGAUACUAGUUUCAAAGAUCUCGAUGCGGUCAACAAGAAGUACUGGCCCGAGGUCAAAGCGACCUUCGACCGUUACGGCAAGAGCAAACUCGGCAACGUCCUGAUUGCCAACGAACUUGCUCGCCUCGUCCCAUCCGACGCUCGAAUUGUCAACAUCUCGAUCCACCCGGGUGUCGUCCGUACCGGUCUGAUUCGAGGCAUGGACGAGUCGUACGGAAAGAUCGUCGGCUCGUUCAACAAGUUGGCCUCUCGCUUCUUCACCGCACCGGAGGACGGAGCGUUGACCCAACUCUACGCUUGCGCUUCGCCCGAAGUCGACCGUCUCGAUCUCAACGGCGCUUAUCUGGUGCCCGUCGCCAAGGUCGGCGGCAAGAGCAAACUCGCCCAGGACAAAGAGGGAAAGCUCGGAGCAGAAUUGUUUAGCUUCUGCAACUCGUUCAUCAAGGAGAAGCUCAACCUGGACGUUGCGGAGCAUGUCAAGGAGACCGGUGUACAGCUGCCCCAGAGCCACCUUUAG